AAAAGAAAAACAGCCAAAAUGACUAGUAGUCACCUCUCUGACAUCAAAACAUAAAAGUACUAUAAUUAGCCAUUGCAAGAAAAGAAGAAGAAAAUGAAGAAGGAAACAGGCUGUAGCGCUAACCUAUUAAUGCAAUGAAAUCAAACACACGAUGAACACAACAUUUUGUUAAGGGAAAGGCCGGCCAAAACCUUUGGUGAUCUCAGAGGAUCACGUUUACCUCUGGAUCCCAAAAGAUGGCCGAGCCCCCUACGAGUGACGAACCAAAUAUAACCUAUUCUCUCAGCACGUCCCGGUACGGUAAUAUAGUAUGUUAUAACCAAACGAAUGAGGCCCUAGUCGGAGAUUAUAGUGGAUGGCAGAGCGCAAAGUCGAUUGAAACGGCACUUCCUUUCUUUGUAAUGCAACUACUCAUCUCUAAUUUGAGCUACGGCUUAAUGUAUUCUCUGACUCGGCCGCUACAUCUUCCUCCUUUCGUCGCUCAAAUCCUUUGCGGAUUACUGUUCAGCCCGACUGUGCUCGGUAGAAACAGUAUUGUCCUCGAAAAAUUAUUUCCUUAUAGAUACACAAUGUUUAUGGAGACAUUCGCAAACUUAGCUCUCGUCUACAACAUGUUCCUCCUCGGUGUCGGUAUGGACUUGAGGAUGAUAAGAAUCAAGCAAGUCAAGCCAAUGGUCAUAGCCAUCGUUGGCGUUGUUGUGGCUUUAUUGGCCGGUUCUGGCUUGUAUUACUUUCCCGGUAAUGGAGACCCCGACACGAUCCUCGCAGGUUGUCUCUACUGGUCGGUUGCGUUGAGUUGUACAAAUUUCCCUGACCUUGCGAGGAUUCUUGCGGAUCUCAAGCUCUUGCGUUCUGAUAUGGGACACACGGCCAUGAGUGCAUCCAUGAUUACGGAUUUGUGUACUUGGGUUCUCCUCGUUCUCGGAAACGCAUGUUUUAACAAACAAGGUGUUUGGAACGAUCUGAUGCCAUGCGCGUUAGUAUCAACCAUCGCUUUUGUCUUCUUCUGCAUCUACGUGAUCCAUCCUGGAAUCGUUUGGGCCUUCGCCAACACGGUCAAAGGAGGCCACGUUGGAGAAAAUCACGUUUGGUUCACCCUCGUAGGUGUCGUUUUCUGCGCCUUAAUCACCGACGCGUUUGGGGUCAACUCGAUAACUGGAGCUUUCCUGUUCGGUCUCUCGAUCCCUCACGACCACAUCAUUCGAAACAUGAUCGAAGAGAAGCUCCACGAUUUCCUCUCGGGCUUUCUAAUGCCUCUUUUCUACGUCAUUUGCGGGUUUAGAGUCGAUCUUGACUACUUGCUACAGAACACGACCGUUGGAGUGUUGGUGUUUGUGAUUUCUUCGUGCUUUAUGGUGAAGAUUUUGUCUACCGUUAUUUGCUCCCUCUUCUUGCGCAUGCCCUUGCGUGAUGGUUUUGCUGUUGGUGCCCUUAUGAACACCAAAGGAACUAUGGCUUUAGUCGUACUCAAUGCAGGACGUGACAGCAAGGCGUUGGACGUAAUAUUGUACACUCAUAUGACGUUUGCGUUCCUGGUGAUGUCAAUAGUGGUGCAGCCACUUUUAACCUUUACUUACACACCAAAUAAGAAAUUGACUUUCUAUAAAUACCGAACCGUUCAAAAACUCAAAGGAGAAGAAGAGUUUCGUGUCUUAACCUGUGUCCAUGUCCUCGGUAACGUUCCCGGCAUAACCAAUCUACUACAUAUUUCUAACCCGACCAAGAAAUCUCCUCUCAACAUCUAUGCAAUACACUUAGUUGAGCUAACCGGUCGCACCGAGGCUUCCUUACUCAUAAUGCACGACGAGUCCAAACCUAAAGUUAACUUUUCGGACCGAGUCAGAGCGGAAUCAGAACAGAUCGCUGAGUUAUUCGAAGGCAUGGAAGUGAACAGCGACGCAGUGUCGGUUCAGACACUCACCGCGGUUUCACCAUACGCGACGAUGCAUGAGGAUAUUUGUACUUUGGCCCAGGAUAAACAAGUCAGCCUCAUCUUAUUACCUUACCAUAAGAAUUUGACGCCGGACGGUCGGUUAGGCGAAGGAAACUAUGGGCACGAGGGAGUCAACCAAAACGUUUUGAGAAACGCGCCUUGUUCGGUCGGGGUAUUGGUCGACCGUGGCAUGACGACUGUUCGGUCUGAAGCUUCCUCGUUCAAUGCCGAGACCACAAAGAAAGAAAUUGCAAUGUUAUUCAUUGGAGGCCGGGACGAUAGAGAGGCUUUGGCUUAUGCUUGGAGGAUGGUGGGACAAGAAAUGGUUAAACUCACGGUUGUGAGAUUUGUCCCGGGCAGAGAUGCUUUAGUCUCGGCCGGAAAAUUAAGCGUUGAGUAUGCAAAGGAGGCACAAGUGGACGAAGAGUGCAUUUACGAGUUUAACUUCAAGACUAUGAAUGAUUCUUCGGUCACUUGUAUAGAGAAAGUGGUUAACGAUGGUCAAGAAGUGAUCGAAGCGAUUAGAGAAAUGGAAGACAACCAUUCUUACGAUCUUUACAUUGUGGGAAGAGGGUACAAAGUAGAAACACCUGUAACUGCUGGUUUGACAGAUUGGAGUAGUAAUUCGGACUUGGGUACUAUAGGCGAUACAUUAGCUUCAUUAAACUUCACAUUGCAUGCUUCGGUUCUUGUGAUUCAACAAUACUCAGCCACCAAUAGACGAACCUCAGAAAACCAUCAAGAACACGUUAAAGGUGGAGCGAAAACCGCUAAUGAAGCGAAAAUGAAUUCUCAUGAGGAAGAGGAUGAUGGAGAUGAACAGUAUCAAAUGGGAAUGCGCAAAUGACAAGAGUUUUUUUUUUCAUUUUUUUUUUCAUAUGAUACGAUCAGGUUUUAACCCUAUACAACUAUUGUAAGCGUACGAAAUAGUAUUUUAUGGAUUGAAUACUCAUAGACCAAUGUCACACUAUAAUUCUUGGAAAGUAUAGUUGAAGUAAAAUGAAUGUGGUUUUUUUUGUUGUUUUGAAAGUAAGAAAGUAAGAAAGCAAAUGACAGAAUGUAAAUGUGAUGUGAACUUAUGAAUUGGAAUUUUUAGGUCUAGGCAAUUCUUAGAAAACAGAAAUAACGAAAAUAAUUGCUAGACAAAGAAUACAAUAAACAUCGUUAUCGAACUCAAAUUUCUUAACUAGGUUAUCAUUUUACCAAUACGAAGACUAUAGCUCCAUCUGAAUUUGACAAUGUAAACAUGCAUUUAAAAGUUAGCUUGAUAGGUUUACAAAACACUUUAACGUCAACUCUCGCUACCUAAAAUGCUUUGAAUUCUUUUCUUACAUUUGCUCACACACUUUAGAACAUUAAACAGCCUAAAAUUAUUAACUAGAUGAUUAGUGAAGAUCAAUCAUCAAAACUAAUUCAGACGAAGAAAACGACAUAUUAUUAUUUUAACUUAUUAAUAUCAACAAUCCAUAACUUUUCUUACAAUCCUAAACUUAAUUAACUGUAGAUCUACUCACAUAUGAAAACAUAAUCACUUUAGAAUUUUUUUUUUGUCAGCAACAUACACAUAACUAAGAUUCUGCGAACCAAAUUGGUAAAUUCUGGAUCCAUAUGAGCUAUAAUAAACAGUUGUUUCCUCAUACUGCAUGCAAUAUUGUUCGUCUUUGUAUUAUGCGUCUGGGGUACAUAAAUGAGCUCUGACUGGUUAAAGCUUCCUUUAAGAAUCUUGAUAUAUUUCAAGUAACUUGGUAGUUGUAUAUAAGUUUAGCAUGUACACAGAGUGAUGGUUGUAUACAAGAGAUAAGCAUCUACGUUACACCAAAAUAAAUCACAAUAACAUCUACUAAUGUACAUGAUACUCUUCGUCUCCCUCGCAUGUCCUGGAUUCACUCUCAGCAUCCAAACAAUCACGAACUGACAAAAGCUCCCUGAAAAUGAUGGGUUUUCAUCAAGAGAAAUUUUUUUUCCAAAAGGCUAAUUUUUCAGAAACUCGAUCUCUUCAGACUCAAGCGCAUCGAGAAUGGUUUUGAUCCUCUUGGGUUUGUGGUAAGGUUUGCGCGUUUGCCAGACACCUAAUGAUAUCCUCCAUCUAAGAUCACAAGGCAGAGCAAAAGGGAGUGAUUUAACAAAGAAGCGGGAGAUUAGGAAAUAAUAAUACAAAAAAAUUAAGAAUAAGAUAAUGAGAUGUUACGGAUAGAAGGAGAUUAUGCAGAAAAUUUGAAUUGCUAUCAACUCAGUCUCUUGUCCACACGUUUAGCUUAGGCUCACUAGUCGAGUCUAUAGAGUACUGAGUCAUCCUUUAAGCAUGUUCACUUAGGCAAAAGAAUCUGAAACUUAGAUUUUCCCCAAGAUACAUGAUUUAGAAUAGGUUAUGGGGUUGGCUGCCUAUUCCCCCCUCUAAACACACUUACCCUACUUAUUCCCCUCCAAACUAUCAAGUUCUUUAUAAUCCCACCUGAUCAUAUACUUUCUCUUUAAAUUUCCCCCUUAACUUUUUUAAUCCCCCUCUCUAAUUUAAUUCCCAAAUCGUGACUAAUGAAACAAAAUCGCGUUUAAGAAAUUGUGAUUGCCCAAUCCAAAAUAACCCGACCCGACAUUUAAAAUAAAACCCGACCCAGAUUUUAUAACAUUAUCUAUCCCAAAUCGAAUUGGAGUUUAGGGUUUCUUCUAUUUUCUUCCCGACACAGAAACAACUAGAGAGAGUAAAAAAAGAGAGAGAGAGAGAGAGAGAAACGACGGGGAACAGAGAAGAGAAAGAGAGAGAGAGAAAUGAAGAAGAUGACUGAGAAAGAGAGAGACAGUGAGGAACACGAAGAUGCAGAGGAGAGAGAGAGAGAGAUGGAGGAACGAUGAAGAGGCUGUGGUUGUUAGGUGUUUAUUUUCUCUGUGUUUGAUGAGUGAUUUAUAAUGCUAAUGCAUGGUGAUAACGUCAGGGAAAUUCUUCUCAUGGGCAGCAGGAUGAAGUAAGACUUACUCAGCCUACACAUAGUCAAAGCUACUCUGUCCGUGGCGUUUUCUGUUUCGGUCUGGGUUUCAAUCGAGUCUGUGUUUUCUGUUUCUGUUUAUAUAAGACUUGGUUCUGUUUGUUCAUCAGCAGUAGGAUGGUUAUGUCUGAUUUGUUUCUGUUUCAGACUCAUUUAAGAAAUGUUUAAUGGUGUCUACUGCUAGUUUUCAGACU